AUGGGUAAGAAUUGGGGGAAAGAUCCGAGAGUUGAAGAAGCUAGACAAAGAAAAGAAAAUGCUAAACAAAGCAAAAGAAGAAAAGCUCUGGAAAGAUGAAACAAAGCCAAGGAGGAAGAAAAGAAGAUGGAAAAGGCUAAAGCUAAAGAAGAAGUCAAAGAACUCUUGAAGCAAGAGGAGGAGGAACUUGAGCUAGCCAAUAAGAAAAAGCCUGGAAAGACUAAAUAUAGGAAGACAAAAGGUCAGAUUGAUAAGAUGCAAGCAAAAUAUCUUAAGACUCUUCAAAAGCAAAUAAAGAAAAAGAAGGAGGAAGAAGCUGGAAUUAUUGAUGAGAUCCCAGUCAACAUGAAUCAUGUGUAUAGAGAUGAGAUGAUUAAAGCCCAGGAAGAAGGCAAAGAAUAUGCUGCUGCUUCAGGCAUUGAUGGAGCAAUUGGUAUAACAAAUUCUGAAGAACCAGCAGAUAGACACCCAGAAAAGAGACGUAAAGCUUUAUUUCAAGAAUAUCUUUAUGAAAAUCUUCCAAGAAUCAGAGAGGAGACUCCUGGAUUGAAGAAAUCUCAGUAUCAAGAGAGAUUGUUUAAAGAAUUCAAGAAGCUGCAUAAAGAUGAUUUUUAA